AUGUGCAAAGUUCUCGGAAUGAUUCAUGCAUUGGCUUUCGUAAGAUCACUGACCACAUUCCUCUCUACUCCAACCCAGAUUUCGCCAUGGCACACGUACCUGACGCAGCACCUUCCAAAGCUCCUUCUCGGCUCUACGCCACUUGCGCUGUAUGCGUGUGCACCAACCGCGCUCGAACGAACUUUACUCAAGACGAAUGACAAGGCCAACAGCCCGCAUAGUCCCAGCAUUGUGCGCGAGCUCCUCACUCCAUACGUCGCCUUUGUGCUCCUCAUCUCGGGACUCGGGCACAAGGAGUGGAGAUUCGUGGUCUACGUGGUACCGAUGAUCAAUGUUGCUGCUGCAAUAGGUGCCAAACGACUACUCUCCUUCCCAUCGGGUCCUCUACGGGUCUUGGGACGACUUGCCGUGUUCGGUUUGGUAGGAUGCAACAUUACAGCAACGCUCUUGCUCACCGCCAUCUCACGAACCAACUAUCCGGGCGGCCACGCUCUCGCGCUCAUCAACUCUCUCCCUCCCUCCUCGUCCAACUCGAGAACGAGCGUGUGGAUCGAUAACUUGGCAGCUCAGACCGGUGCAUCGCUAUUCACCCAAGCUCAUUCGCCUCCGUACUUUAAUAACAACAAUGUCUCGUCGAGUUUGAGCUCGAGCUCGAAUUCAUGGACGUAUUCCAAGGACCCGAAUCCGGUCUCGUAUGACGACUUUACGUACCUCGUGGUGGAAGAUCCUAGCGCACAUCCUAUAGAAAAGUGGGACUUUGUUGGGAGCGUCCAAGGGUUUCAGAAGGUGGAUAUUAAGCGAUUAAGAGUGGUGACCAAGCCCACGCUGUUUGUCUUGCGCAACAAGGCAAACGUAUGGUGA